AUGAGGCGGGGGCUGCCGCUGCUGGCCCUGGCCGGGCUGCUGCUGCUGGGGCGGCCGCCCGCGGCCCGGGGGGCGGCCUGCGAGCCGGUGCGCAUCCCGCUCUGCAAGCCGCUGCCCUGGAACAUGACCAAGAUGCCGAACCACCUGCACCACAGCACGCAGGCCAACGCCGUGCUGGCCAUGGAGCAGUUCGAGGGGCUGCUGGGCACCAACUGCAGCCCCGACCUGCUGUUCUUCCUGUGCGCCAUGUACGCGCCCAUCUGCACCAUCGACUUCCAGCACGAGCCCAUCAAGCCCUGCAAGUCCGUCUGCGAGCGCGCCCGCGCCGGCUGCGAGCCCGUCCUGGUCCGCUACAGCCACGCCUGGCCCGACAGCCUGGCCUGCGACGAGCUGCCCGUGUACGACCGCGGGGUCUGCAUCUCCCCCGAGGCCAUCGUCACCGCCGAGGGCGCGGAUUUCCCUAUGGAUUCUAAUAACGGCAACUGUAGAGGCGUUGAGCGCUGCAAGUGCAAGCCAGUGAAAGCUACCCAGAAGACCUACCUACGGAACAACUACAACUAUGUCAUCCGCGCUAAAGUGAAGGAGGUGAAGACUAAAUGCCACGAUGUCACUGCAGUAGUGGAAGUAAAGGAGAUCCUGAAAUCUUCCCUGGUCAACAUCCCAAAGGACACUGUAAACCUGCACACGAAUUCUGGCUGCCUGUGUCCACCCCUCAGUGCCAAUGAGGAAUACAUCAUUAUGGGCUACGAGGAUGAGGAGCGCUCCAGGUUACUCUUGGUGGAAGGCUCCAUAGCUGAGAAGUGGAAGGAACGUCUUGGUAAAAAAAUAAAGCGCUGGGACCAGAAGCUGCGGCAGGCGGGCCGGGGGCGGGCCGAGCCCGGCCCCAGCGCGGCGGCCCCGAAGCCCGGCGGGGCCCGGCAGGCUCGCAGCGGGGCGUGACGGCGCCGAGGGAUGCCGGAUGCACGGGACUGUCUGCCGGGGCUUCCUCUUGGAGCAGCAAAGGAGAAAUUGCACUAUUGCACGUUAUAUUCUAUUGUUUACUACAAAGUCGUGUUCUAGCUUUUAUUAGGUUUUGUUCUCCCUCUUUGUUCUCCACCUUUUUCUUUUUGGAUAUGUGCAAGUUCUGGAAAUGUAUAUUUUUUGGUUUUUUUUCUGUUGCUAAGAACUGUAGAAAACUGCCCUUAUGAGAUGAAGAAAGACAAUGUUCAAUUUACCUUUUUAUCUCCUAAAUCUUCUCUGGGAGAAAAUUCUCAUGCAAGCAGGAAUGAAAUCUGGCAAAAACCAUUGCUUAAAGUCAUGGCUCACAUGGGCUUUCCCUGUUCAUUCUUUCUUGGUCACUGUUUGCUGAAACUUGCUCUCUUUUGGGUUGGUUAUCAUCUGCAUUUAAAUGUAUAAUUUUUUUAUUCUGAAAUAUAAUUCUGAAUUACAUAAUUUUUUUUUUUUUUGCUAAAAGAACUGUUUGAAUCAGUACAGCUUUAUUAAGUUUUCUUACAGAUAAACCACUUGCAUAAGGCAAACUCUAAAUAUUUCCCUGUGCAUGUACACAGGGAACCUGGGUUUUCCAGUGCUUUGGACCUUGAAGGAAGUAUUAUCUAGUUCUGUAACCAUAAUUUAUAACUAAAUUUAUGCUUCUUCUCUUAUAAUGGCAGUUUUUUCCCCUUUUCUCAGCUGAGUUAUAGGAGUAGACAGACUCACCAGGCCUGUUUCUCAGUUCAGGUCUGCAGUUUAGCCUUUUGAUUUUGUGGUGUUUUUCUUAAAUCCGUGCCUACAUAAACAAGUGUUCAAUGCUCAGUAACAUAUGUCCAAUAAAAGAAUUGUAGUUGCCAA